CUAGCUAUCUUCCACUUUUCUAUAUUUGCAUCUCACUUCCGCUCCAAUUCACUUCUGUCUUUGGUUUGGUUGCUGCUCUCUCUAACCUAGUUCUCCAUGUUCCACUCAUCAAGUUUCAAUCUUUAAGUCAUAAAUGUCUUCAUUCACAUCACUUCUCUGAUCUGGCUCUUCAGUUUCCCAUACCCAGAUCAAAAUUUUGAUCAUUUUGUCUCCCCUGUUGUGCUUAAACUUCAUGCCAUUCACAUAAAAACCAGUACUUUCAUUUGGGUAUACACAGUUUCUGGAUUUUUGUGAAAUGGGUUGUGUUUGAUAUGCACAAAGUUGAUUCAGGAUACAAGGUAGUGAUUUUCUGAGGGAAAAUGGAGAUGACUUGGACCUUUGAUUGGUUUCUCUGAAUUUCAGAAUCCAAGGCUUUUGCAUCAAUAUUUCCUGUUGAGACUUGAGAUAUUUAGUACUUUUCUGUCAGCAAGCUUCUUGAGCUAUGGGUAGAGGGAGAGGAAAGGCAAAGAAGCAAUCUGUUAUUGCUGAGGUUCCUGGAAGUGGUGAAGAGGAAAAAGUCCCACCUUACAGAGGAAGAGGAAGACCGGUAAAGCCGCUGACAGAAGAAAUUGAAGAAGUAGAAGUAACUGAAAAGGUAGAGAAAGAUGAGGAGAAUGUACAAGGUAAUGUUUCCAGCAAUGAUUUGAAAACUCAAGUUAUCACAGUAAAUAAGAGAAAAAGGAAGAGGUCUGCACAAGUUAAAGAGAAGACAGAUCCAAUGAAAGAGGACAAUGGCGUCCGUGCGAAGUUAAGCGCUGAUGAAUCAGUUAAGUCCACUGGAUUCCGACAGAAUGGGAGCAGGCGUAAGAGCAAGCCUCGCCGCGCUGCUGAAGCUGGAGUAGAUUGCAAGUGAGCAAGUUUGUCAUGAUAGUUUUUAUGCUCUUGAGAUUGUUGGAACUUUGUCAUCACUACAGAGGGUUCGCUUGGUUAUAUAAGGCUUGUUAUGGUUGCUUAUUGUUAUUCCUUUUGAUUUUGUAACACUUUCAUAUGCUGUUUCUAUAAAAUGGCUUAUUUUAAUUUUGAGGAUUCAUAUAUACUAUGCUUUUAAAAUGUUCUAUAGAGAUACUUUCCCGAAAAGAAACUACGGAAUUUUGUAGAUAUUCUUUUGUCAUUCAUGAGUUGUUUAAGUUCAUUUCCCUUUUUUCUCA